CGUUUUAUAGUGGCUGAAAAAUUAGUGUUUACAUCCUAGUAAAAAAAAAAAAAAAAACCCUUAGAAAUAUUAUAGGCCUUAUAAGAAAAGAAUAUGGCUGCCAUGGUUUGAUAUAUUCGCUUAUAAAUCGAUGCUGCGUUAAACAGUCGUUCCAGGUCCUCAUAGAGAAGAAGGGGGGAUCCCCAUCAGAAAAGAUGACCGGACCUUGCAGCCACGCCCACUUGUAUGCUUUAACAUCUGCACUUGUGUUGAGAAGCUCGAAGAGCAGAGACGUCAACUGUAAUGACGUCACGACUUCUACGAAUCUGAUUGGUCGAAAGCCGACUCCUGCGGAACUUCAAAGGCAGAGUGGAGCUACAACUGUACUGAGAAAGGGGCGGAGAGCACAGUGUAUGACAAUACUGCUUUAAAAAAACAACCCGAACAAGCGCGUAGUCUAUAAAUGUAAAGGUAUUCUCAAAGGUGGACACUUCUGGGAUGGCAACUUCACUUCUAGGGGAAGAGCCCAAGUUUGGAUCUACUCCUUUAGCCAUGCUGGCUGCAACCUGUAACAAAAUCGGCAGUCCGAGCCCUACAUCUGCCAUGAUAUCGGACAGCGCGUCGUUUGGAAAAGGCUUCCAUCCUUGGAAACGAGGCUCUCCGGGAAGCUGCAGUCUCGGGUCGAGUCUGUCGUCUCGAGGAGGAAACGGCCUGGCAGAAACCUUUAGCGCAAACGGUUCUCCAGUUUCCAGCGCUUUCUCACUAACGACCAGCAGCGUGUCCGGGAGCCCCUUCGGGAGCGAUUACUCCGCGUUUCAGACUUCGGUGUCCAUCUCAGGCGGAUCUCAGGAGCCGAACUCACAGCCAGUGUUCAUCUCCAAAGUGCACACUUCGGUGGACAGCCUGCAGGGCAUCUACCCGAGGAUGGGCGUCGCGCACGCGUACGACUCUUGGUUCAAGUCGGGCAUCGCGGCUGGGGACGUGGGUGCGUCGGCUGGCGCAUCGGCCUGGUGGGACGUGGGCACGGGUUGGAUCGACAAUCCGCUGGGCGCCAACGGCCUCCAGACCUCGCUGCAUUCUCCGUUAGGAGGCUACAACUCGGACUACUCGGCGGCGCUCGGUCACUCGGCGUUCAGCGCUGCUUCAUCGCCGCACCUACUCGCCGGCGGGCAGCACCUUGUGGACGGAUUCAAACCCGUAUUGCCGGCCUCAUACCAGGACUCUAGCCCAAGCUCAGUGGCGGGCGCCAGCGGAGCCGUCCUAACCGCAUCGCCUGCUGUAACCCUCGCGGGCUCUCCACGCUCGUCUGCGCGGCGCUAUGCGGGCAGGGCGACAUGCGAUUGCCCGAACUGCCAAGAAGCUGAACGGCUCGGACCGGCAGGAGCGAGCCUACGGCGCAAAGGGCUGCACAGUUGCCACAUCCCGGGCUGCGGUAAAGUCUACGGCAAGACGUCUCACCUGAAGGCUCACUUGCGCUGGCAUACGGGCGAGAGGCCGUUCGUGUGCAACUGGUUGUUUUGCGGCAAGAGAUUCACACGCUCCGAUGAGCUCCAGAGGCACUUGCGCACGCACACCGGCGAGAAGCGCUUCGCCUGCCCCGUGUGCAACAAGCGCUUCAUGCGCAGUGACCACCUCAGCAAACAUGUGAAGACACACAGCGCCGGCGGCACCGAAAACUCAGCAUCGAACGGCGGCGUGUGCAAAAAGGGCAGCGACACCGACAGUGAACAGAGCGCGCCGGGCAGCCCUGCGUGUCAGUCCCCGGAUAACGCUGCGCACUACGGAUCCAGUCCAGACGGCAAGCACGAACGGCCACAAUUCAAUCAACUGAACAAUCUGAAUUUGUAAAAAAAUAAAUGGUAAAAUUGCGUCAAGGCUGUGUCAGUACGCCUACUUCUAUCGAUCCAGUACAAAAAAACUUUUUAAAAAAAAUGUUAUCUAAUAUUUUAUUCAAAAGUCUCAGGUGUCUUCAUAAACACAGACAGGGAGCAGUGACAACUUCCAGUAGCCUACAGUGUAAAAGCCUGGAGACCUUCGUGGAACAUCAAUGAAAAAACACCCUUAUGUUUACUGUAUAUAUUUAGGUUCACUAUGAGAUGUCUUGUUUGAUUUAACUAUACUGAGGCACUUUACUCUUCAUAUUUAAAAACGGUUUAUUUUAUGAUAAACCAAAUACACCAUACACUCAGCAAGACAACCCUGAGUACAUCUGAUAUUUUAAAAACUCUGAAUGGUGUUUGCCUAAAACAAAAAUCGAUCAAAUGUUGCUUAGUUGUCAGAGAAGGCUCUAAUGGCCUUUAGGACACUUGUGAAAUGUAUACUCAAGCAAAUUUAAAGAAUCCAAUCUCAGUGUGGUAUUGUACCGUAGUUUUUAAUUUCUUUGUGACUCGAAACUGCUCAGAUAUUUACCACAGUGCGGGACAUGUUCAGUUUCUCCUGGAAAACAAACUGAAAAGUUGUACAUACAAGUGUCUUUCAGUUUUAUUUAUCCACGAGUUUGAGCUGUACUUUGAAGUCUGUCAGAGUCGCACUUUGAAUUUAUAUUUAUGAUUUUAGAAUAGGAGCAUUUCUAUCAGGUUGUUAAUCUUUUUUCCCCCCCGUUAUUUAAUAUUUUUUUUGUUUGUUUGUUUAAUUUAAUUGCGCAUGUGUGUUUGUAUUUACUGACGAUUGGUUUUAAGGUUAAUAUCUCUUAAUAAAGUCAGAUUGAGUUUGACUACAAAUGAAAUUCACUUGUUUUGGUCUCCGAUGCAGCACUUAAACGAGUCGGGAUAAUCCUAAAUUAUUUGUGUUGCUCUGUGAACUGCGGCUGUGUGUGUUAAACAGAAGUUAAAUAAAACUUUAUUAUCGAAUUGUUUUUUUUAUUAUUAUUUAUUUAGAAUUUUAUAAAGCAUGCUAGCAUGUCCUUGUAAGGGUUAAACUCAGUUUGGAAACGAUUUUCGGGAAAACUUCAACACUCGGAAUGAAAAAUCCUAAAAACAAAAAAGGAAAGAAAAAUAAUGAAAUUACGUCCAACACAAUUACACAAUUACACAAUUAAUAAGGUUGUUUUUAUAUAAUUCAAAUGUACGAUUGGAAUAUGCUCUUUUUAUAUAAGUUAUCAGUUAGUUGCCAUGCAAGGCUUUAUAACGCGUUAUAAGGAAGCCAAGAUAGUUGAGCCAUUAGUCAUUCUAAUGAUUAUUGUUGCUGCUGCUGUUGUU